AUGUCAGUCUAUCGAGAUGAGAUCGAUGGGCUGCGAGCAGUUGCUGUCAUCCCAGUCAUUUUAUAUCAUGCUGGUUUAACUAAAUUUAUGGCUGGAGGUUAUAUUGGUGUUGAUAUAUUUUUUGUGAUCAGUGGUUAUCUAAUUACAUCUGUCAUUGAGAAUGAACGCGAAGAAGAAAAAUUUUCAAUUGUUCAUUUUUAUGAACGACGAUGCCGUCGUAUUCUUCCAGCCCUUUUUUUGAUUUUAUUUACAAGUAGUUUUUUUGCUUAUUAUUGGAUGUUACCAGAACAGUUAGAAGAAUUUGGACAAACUUUAAUUUCUAUCAUUGGUCUUUCGUCAAAUUUUUUUUUCUGGUGGAAAGAUGAUGGUUAUUUUACAGCACUCACUGAAUUAAAUCCACUUAUUCAUACGUGGAGUUUAGCUGUUGAAGAACAAUUUUAUUUUUUGUUCCCGUUAAUAUGUUAUUUUUCUGGCAAAAGACAACGUUGUCUGAUCAUUGUACUGAUAUUAUUGGCUGUUCUAAGCUUUUUCUUUGCUCAAUGGGGUGGCAAUAUCGAAUCUAUUUCCAGUCAUCAUUUUUAUUUAUUUUCUCAACAUUCGUGGGCAUCAUUUUACUUACCUUUAGGACGAGCAUGGGAGUUACUACUUGGUUCCUUUGCUGCCUUUUAUUUACGCAAAAACAGUACAGUCCAAUCCACAUGGUACAAAUGCAAUGAACUUUUUGCCUUGAUCGGAUUUGUACUGAUUAUAAUAUCAAUUGUAUUCUUUGAUAGUAGAUACGUACCGCCAUUUCCGAAUUGUUAUACUCUUAUACCUACAUUGGGUGCUACGUUAAUUAUUCUCUGUGGAACAAACAGUACAUUAGUUGGAAAAUUACUUUCUAUACGUCUAUUCCGUUGGGUGGGUCUUAUUUCUUAUAGUGCCUAUCUUUGGCAUCAACCUAUACUCGCCUUUACUCGUCUAAAAACUUAUGAUACAUCACAAAUAUUACCUAUGUUAAUAAUAAUAAGUAUUGUUUUUCUACUUAGUGGUUUGAGUUAUGUUCUCAUUGAGCAACCAUUUCGUAAUAAAACGCGUUUUUCAAGGAAACAAAUAUUUUUUGGUGCUUUCAUUGCUGCUAUGUUAGCAUUCAUUCUUGCAGUAUUUCUUAUUCAAACUGCCACUAGUCGAUCAUUACUUGAUAGCAAGAAAAGUGAUCCAUAUCUAUCUGAUUUAAGAAACUAUGGUCAUUGGCAAUAUGUUGUAAAAGCAUUUAAUGUUAAUGCUUUACAAAAACAAAAAACAUUCUCAAAUAAAACAUCGGUAACAAUGAAAAAACUAAUAUUGAUUGGUGAUAGUUUUGCACAAGACUUUUAUAAUAUGGCUGCUGAAGGAAAACAUUUGAUCAACUAUGAAAUUCGUGUGUAUUUUAUUUUUUCACGAUGUCAAAUUUAUUUGGGUGCAGAGGAUCGAAAACAAUUCAUUGAAGCAAAACAUCAUCGAACAUGUACAAAUGCUUAUGAGAUAAAAUAUGCUUUACCACUUAUUCGUCAAGCCGACGUUAUUAUUUUAGCUAGUAACUGGUAUGAAUGGAGUGCUCAACGUUUGCCUAUGACAUUGAAAUUAUUAAAUUUAACUGGACAGCAACAAGCAUUCGUUAUUGGACCAAAACAUUUUGGAAAAGUAUAUCCAAUGGUAUAUGUUAGUAAAUCCACUAAGUACCGAAUUAAACAAUAUCAAUAUCCAAACACUGAAGUUAUUAAAAUCAAUAAUUUAUUAGAACAAACAAUAGAUAAAGAGAUAUUUGUCAAUUUACAAAAGAUGAUCUGUACUGGUUAUAAUCAGACAUGCCCUCUUUUUACUCGUGAUGGAAAAUUAAUCUCACAUGAUGGGGCACAUUUGACUAAAUAUGGUGCUCGUUAUGUUGGAAAUAUUAUUUUUAAAAAUAGGCCAUUAAAUAAAUUGUAA